AUGAAGACUUAUCUGAAACGGUCUUACGAAAAAUCAUUAUCAAACGUUUACUAUUCAUCCUCGGAUGCUUCUAAUAACUUUCCAUCUCGUGUUAGUAUUCGAACACGUAUCAUCCAACCUUCCACCAAAGAACAACAGCGUCUUCUAUUGGCAGCAUCAUCGAGUACACCACGCUUACAACAUGUACAUUCUGGUAAAUACGGAAUUAAACCGAUAUGGCCAUCCGAUGAUUUAACAUGUGAACUAUGGCGACAGGGCAAGAGGUCCAGUAAGUAUCGAUCAUCUUCCAUUGGCUCUCUAUCAUGGGCAAAUCAACGAGAUCGAUGUUCACGUCAUACGUCAGAUUCAUAUGUUCGUAAUCAUUUUGUCAAUUUUUUUCUCUCAACAUCAUAUAUUUCAUACCUGAAUGAAGAAUACGGAUCACUAUUGUUGUUGACUUCUGCUUCUUUGCUCCUUCUUCUUCUCAUUUUUAUUGUCUAUCGGCUACGAUCUUCUGCACAAAAUUCAACUCAGCAUCAUGGACAACGACGCCGAUUAAGUCGGGAAGAUAUUCGUCAUCUUCGUGAAUCAAGUGAAUAUCGUUUAGCAUCUUCGCAGGUCUUACCAACGAUUACCGAAGAAAGUCCUUCGACAUUAUCUCCAUCAAAUUCGGAAAGUAAAUUUACUCCAUUACUAAAAUCAACGAGUACAACGCCAUCGACAAUUAUCGCAGACAAUAAUGACUUGCACCAUCCAUCAUUGUCACCAUCGUCAUCUUCAUCAUCAACUGUACAAGAAAAGAAACCAUCGACAAGCAAUGCUCCCGCAACAGAAAACUUAGUUCGAAUCUCAUUAUUACCUAAACAAGAACAAUCAGUAACUAUCAAUCCACGUCGUCGGUCGCGAUUUGAACAAACCGCUGAAAAGCCAACAGAUGACGCAUCUGCAAGAGAAGAAACUCUCGCUCCACCAGUGAUCGUUCGUAAAACGUCUCUAACACAUGAGAAUGUCAUUAGAGAUGAUUACACAUCAUUAGAGGAAAUUGAUAAUGCUGUCAAAGAAGUUGGUCUUGAACGUUCACAGUUGAUAUUCGGUAUUGAUUAUACAAUAAGCAAUUUAGAAACAGGAAAAAACUCCUUCAAUGGUCUAUCAUUACACAGUAUACAAGAAGGCUUAUUGAAUCCAUAUCAAAGUGUCAUCACCAUCAUUGGGCGAACUCUUGAAAAAUACGACUCCGACACAUUGAUACCAGCAUUUGGUUUCGGUGACCGAUCUACAUUAGAUCGAAAAAUAUUUCCAUUACGUCCCGAUGGAUCAUACUGCAAAGGUUUUCGUGGCGUUCUCGACGCUUAUAAUGAGAUCACGCCAAAAGUACGCAUGUCUGGCCCAACCAAUUUCGCACCAUUAAUCAGAGAAGCUGUGCGAAUAGUGAAGAAAACCAAACAAUAUCAUAUUUUGGUUAUUGUUGCUGAUGGUCAAGUAACAAAUGAAAAGCAAACAAAAGAUGCAAUUGUCGAAGCAAGUAAUUAUCCAUUGUCAAUUGUUAUGAUCGGUGUUGGCGAUGGGCCAUGGGAUAUGAUGGAGGAAUUCGAUGAUUCCUUACCAACACGGCAAUUCGAUAAUUUUCAAUUUGUCAAUUAUAAUAGUGUGGUGGAAGCAUCCACAAACACGGAUUCAAGUUUUGCAUUGCGAGCUCUAAUGGAAAUACCUUCGCAAUAUGCAGCAAUUAAGAAACUAGGUCUUCUGAAAAAUAAUUGA